AUGGGAGUGCCAGAAGAAUACCGGAUAGAAUUCACUGUAUAUAAAAUGGAAUGCCAAGCAAGCAACUGGUGGAAGCCAGUAAGAAGAAGGCUUAAUGUUGCUGAAAUGACUUGGGAGCAGUUUGAAACUCUUUUCAAUGAACAAUACUUCCCUCAGAGCAAUAGGGAACAAAAGGCAUUGGAGUUUAUGACCUUGCAGCAGGGUGAUAUGAUGAUAAGGGAAUAUGAGGCUAAGUUUAAUGACUUGUCCCGCUUUGCGCCAUCUCUGGUGGAAUCUGAGCAUCUAAAAUGCUUGAAGUUUGAGAAAGGCCUGAGACCUAAUAGCAAGGAAGCAGCUGCUCAAACUUCUGCUUCGGGUGGACCCUCUGCUUCAGCCUACCGACUGCCUCAGUACACACAGAUACAAAUACCAUUUCCACAACAGUAUAGGCCACCGACCCAAAGGCCUAAUGUUGGUGAUAAAGGGAAGGGGAAAGCACACGGCCAAGCUUACACCCUGACAGGAGGCAGUUUUGGUGGUCAGGCCAGCAAUAUCGUGGUUGAGGGUGCCACACACUCUUUUAUAUCAAGUAUUUUUGUUCAGACUUUGAAACUGAAAUCUGAGAAUUUAGAAGUCCCGAUGACUUUGAACUCCCCACUAGGAAUGGAUUGGUUGUCGAAAUAUGGAGCAAUUGUUGAUUGCUACCGUAGGAGAAUGACUUUGAUGACUAAGUCUGGAGCAGUGAUUGCGUAUCAGAUAAUUGAAGAUAGUGCGGGAAUUCCUGUAGUGGAUGAGUUAGCAGAUGUAUUUCUUGAGGAUCUACCUGGGUUGCCGCCAGAUCGGGAGAUUGAAUUCUGUAUUGAUUUGGUUUCGGGAAUGGCACCUAUCUUUAUUCCUCCAUACCGGAUGGCAUCGACUGAAAUGAGAGAAUUGAGAAAGUAG